AAAAGUAUAUCCGAAAUUGCAUCCAUAUGGAUAGCUCUGAUACGAAGAAGAACCAAAUGAUUCAAGUAGCGGUGCAGCAGCAGUGGAUAAACGUGUAGAAAAUUCUCAGUUUCGAGUACCUGUCUUCAACUGAGACGGUCUUGGAAGUUACAGGAAAGCAAUAUCUAACAGAGGAAGAGCUUGAAAAUGGAUCAAUAAGCGAAUCCGAUAUUACUUGGCAUGUUUCUCUGUUAAGUGUAUCUGAAGUGUAGGACAAAGAAAAUGGGGAUCUUGGCUGCGAGCACUAUCUUCGAGGUGCAAAAAUGCUUUGCCCUGAUUGUCAUCGAUUCUUCACCUGUCGUUUUUGUCAUAACGCGAGCUGUGAGCACGAGAUGGACCGUUAUGCAGUCGAAUACAUGGCGUGUAUGUAUUGUCUUCGCAUCCAAGUAGUCAUCACGAAUGCCUGCCAUCCAGAAAGCCGCCCAGACGUGUAAGUUCUGCGGGGAGGUUUUGGGUAAAUACUACUGCAACAUCUGCCAUUUCUGGUGCAACGACAUGACGUUCAACCAAUUCAUAUCCUGCAUGUCGUAAUGCGGCUCCUUCAUUCCACCAUUGUCCCUACUGCAAACUGUGCAGACACGGUCGCGGCCUCAACAUCGACUCCUACCACUGCCCGACGUGCAACGUUUGCCUGGGGAUCGAAGGGAAAAACAACCAUGUCUGCAGCGAAAACAAACUCUUCUGCAACUGCCCCAUCUGCGGAGAAUGGCUCCAAACCUCGCGGAAGACGUCCAUGUUCCUUGUCUGCGGGCACGGAAUCCACGAAUCCUGCUUAAAGGAGUACCUUAAGACGAAUUACAUUUGUCCGUUGUGUCAGAAGACGAUCGCCGACGCAGGGGAGCUAUUUAUGCGAAUGGAUAAGUGGGUGAAGGAUAAUCCGAUGCCAGCUCCUUACAAUGAGUGGAAGCGAUCGAUUUUCUGCAACGACUGUGAGAAGCGAAGUACCGUGCCAUUUAAUUUCUUCUACCACAAAGUAAGGUGCAUGUUGAGGAUUUGAGAGUAGUGUCCUUUUUGUAAAUCUUAUAACACAAAAGUGAUC